CCUUCAUGUCACGCCUCGCCUCGGUAGAAAAGGCGUCAGUCCACGCAACAUGAACGUGUACACGGAUGGUAACGAACGGAAGAAACUUUGGGAUGAACUUAGCAAAGAAGUGGAUAGUUCACGAUUAGUUGUUGUGCAUUUGACAAUAGGAGACGAAGGGUUUGGUUUUAACAUUCGAGGUGGAGUUGAUCAUCCUCAUGUCGGUUGUGACCCAGGAAUAUUCAUCACCACGGUCAGAGCUGAUAGUGUGGCUGGGAGAGAUGGGAGACUGGAACCAGGAGACAGGAUAUUGGCACUAAAUGCCACCAAUCUGAAGUGUGUAACUCAUGAUGAAGCUGUCAACGAAUUCCGCAAAGCAGAAGAAACUGUUUCCUUACUAGUCGAGAAGAAUGCUGAGGCAUAUCUGUCGUCAAAUGAAGUCCCAAGCUCACCAGAAGUAACAAUGAUGGAUGGGCCAGCAAGACUUGAACCAGAUCAGGAAGAACCCCCUAAUGCAGUAAUUAGUACAUUAAAACAUUUCUACAAUUCCAACCUAGGGGCUUUGUCAAUUGGAUUGGCAGUUGGAAGUUUAGCUGUAUAUGUUGCUCUUAGAAUUUAUAAAGCUACUAAAUAGCACCACAGAUACAUAGAGAUGGAUACAUUGUUCUUCAGUCUUUGCUACCAAGGAUCCUCCAAACAGAAAUUCUCCUUGCAGUGAACCAGAUCAAAAAACCUGUAGAUGUCAAUGGCAAAGAGCCUUUUUUUUGUGAAAUUUCUACAAAGCAGUAUUAAGAUUCAUCUGUGGUGUUCUGUUAGGAGAAAAUAGUGUGUAAUCGUUUUAGAAAACCUAAUCAUUCCAUGCCCGUGGAGCAGAGGGAAUUUUUUCAUCAGCUGACACUCUGGAGGUCAGUUUCAAAACUGGUAAUUGUGAAAAACUACACUGUCUCGCAGCUAAAGUGGUUUUCUCGAAACAGAAGAAAGUGACUUAAUAUUUCUUAGGACGGUUCAACGUAAUCUUCCCAAUAACCUGCCGCGUAGUGCCUGAGGGUACGUUUUAACCUGAUGUUAGAUAAAAUUUUUUAUUCUUUGCUGGUUGAUCAUACAAACUAUCAUUCAUAUUACAUGAUGGACUAAAUAAUAGUAGCCUGUCACAGUAACGCUUCUUCAAGAACAGUAGGGAGGUGAAGGAGAAAUUGGUUCAUGUCAGGCCAUUGUAGGUUGGUCUUGUGUUUGCUAGAAACCCUUCCAGUUGUUUAUUUUUCUUCAGUUACAUUUAGUUCUCUCUACCCCUCCACCCCACCCCCCACACCCCACCCGUCAAUAGGACUAGCAUAGAGAUAAAUACCCUAAUUCUUGUGAGAUCAACAUAGUUACAUAUGGAUAAACAGAAUGCAAAUGAAUAGUCACCAGCUUUUACAUUUGAUUCCAAAGUUUUCAAUUAGUUUAUUUUGUGUACACCAACAUGAUUAUAGAAUACAAAAUCUUUUUUGAUGUUAUCGGUGUUCUUUUCUUAGCCUCUUUAAACUCGGAUGAACCACAAGUACCCCAAGCUCGUUAUUUAAGAGCAUCCACGAGAAUGACUAACAUUCAAAGCCUUCACGUUUCCUAAAGUCUGUAGAGAGAUUUACGUACUAAUUAAUUUGGCAUUUAUCGACUGACGGUUUUCCUCCGUUUAUGUCGUAUCAUGGCAGUUGCUUAUUUCAUACAUUAUUUCAUACUGCAUCGCUAAAAUGGCAAUCAACGAACUGUUAAUGUACACCCUCAGUGAUUGGUGGAUCAUUCGCUAAACGCUGUUUGGUUAUUUUUGCGGCAGGUUGGAAAAAAAAGACGAAAUACAAUACAAUACAAUACAUAGCUUAUAGAGCGCAACGCUUCUCAAAGAUUCAGCGGCGCGUUACAAUGAUAGUGAUAGAAAAAUAUAAUCAAUUAGGAAUUAAAGUGAAUUAAUAAAAAACUAGUGAAAAAUCAAUGAAAGCAAAAACUAGAACUGCCUAAGUAAAUGGGUUUUAAGUUUAGACUAAAAUGUUGUUAAAAAGCCCAUGCAGUUGCCUAAUAUCAUACGGCAAGGCGUUCCACAGAGUAGGAGCUCUAUCAGAGAGCGUUCUAUAUUCAUAUGUUUUAAGAUUGCAUUUAGGUACCACUAAGAGUUUUUUCUUGGAAGAUCUUAGGUUUCUAUUGGGAAUGUACGGUCUUAACAGUUCACUAAGAUACAGAGGACUCAUACCAUUUGAUACUUCAAAAACGAGAAGAAGUAUCUUAAAAUCAAUACGGGCGGACACAGGCAGCCAAUGUAGGCUUCUAACUAACGUGAUCAUAUCUGCUGGUGGCUGUAAGCAGGCGGACAGCUGAAUUUUGUACAUGUUGUAGUCUAUUAAUUUGUGACUGCUGUAGGCCAGAUAGAAGAACGUUACAAUAAUCCAACUGCGACGAAAUAAAGGCAUGAAUGAUGAA